UCUUGAUGGAGAAAAUCUGAAACAGUGAAAAAGACUUUCCACUCAAGAAAAAAAUUCAUAUGGAAUGAUACGAUGGUGUAAAUGACAAUUUUAAUUUUUUUUGGGCGAACUGUGCAUGAUGCCUACACGUACAGUACAUUAAGGGUGUUUGCUUGCUUGUCAUCUUAAGAGGUCAAUUUGGGGUCUCUCUCAUGGGUGUGUCUGAUUGAGAGGUGUCUCAUAGCUUCCUUAUGAAAGAGAGAUCACUCAAAUAUCCAGGCCUGCUGGAAUUAGGAAGGAAGUUUACUCCUUCCUCACAUUGUGGACCGCAGGAAGGGGAGGCCGUCACCCACUGACAGACUUUUCCUCCUGAAUAGCCCACAGUGCCCUGCUCACGGGCCAGACAAACACUUCAUUAACCUAGCUGAGUUCCUCUUUUUUUCUGUUAGAGUUGUCUUUUUAGGUGUAGCUGUUAUCAUGGCAACCAGUGCGGUCCCUAGCGACAACCUCCCGACGUACAAAUUGGUGGUUGUUGGAGACGGAGGCGUUGGAAAAAGUGCUCUUACCAUCCAGUUUUUCCAAAAGAUUUUUGUGCCAGAUUACGAUCCUACUAUUGAAGACUCCUACUUGAAACACACAGAGAUCGAUGGCCAGUGGGCUAUUUUGGAUGUUUUAGACACAGCAGGUCAAGAGGAAUUUAGCGCCAUGCGAGAGCAGUACAUGAGGACUGGUGACGGAUUCCUCAUUGUGUUCUCUGUGACAGACAAGGCCAGCUUUGAACACGUCGACCGGUUCCACCAGCUCAUCCUUCGAGUGAAAGACCGAGAGUCUUUCCCCAUGGUUUUGGUGGCUAACAAAGUGGACCUGGUGCAUCUGAGGAAAGUGACAAAUGAACAGGGCUGUGAGAUGGCCGCCAAACACAACAUUACUUACAUUGAAACAAGUGCCAAGGAUCCCCCAAUGAAUGUGGAAAGAGCUUUUCAUGAACUAGUCAGAGUUAUCAGACAGCAAGUUCCAGAGCAUAUUCUGAAAAACAAGAAAAAGACAAAGUGGCGUGGGGACAGAGCCAUGAGUUCUCACAAGCUUCACUGUGUGAUACUGUGAUAUUGAGUCUCUUCUGUUGAAAUCAUCAGCGUUUGGCAAGAUGAAAUGGCAGAGAGGACUGACUAGAGAUCUGCACUAAUCAGAGGAUCACAGACUAUUAAAAGAACUGGCAUGAUGAAGCCAUACUAUCUCUUCCUUUCUCAGGGAAGCAUAUUAGGUGAGUGAAGGAAUCACUACUGCCAGACAAAGGAGGAACAAUCAGUUCAACACGUCCAUGGAAGCACUGUCUGAAACAACAAAGAUCACAGCCAAUCAGAACAUGAUUGAUGUUUAAUAUACUAUUUGAAGCGAAAUCUGUGUCCAGUGAGAUUGCACUGUGGGUGGAGCUACCCAGAGAGAUGCAUCAAUACCAAAACCAUACACCGCAAUCGUUAACACACCUACAUAAAAAUUAUGUGCAGCUUCCAAAACGCUCAUAUAAUUAUGUGGAUGAUUGUUUUGUAGAGCAUUUGGUUUUCAGUAGUUACCACAAAUAUGAAGGGAAAUUGUUGUUUAACCUUCAAAAAUAGCUAAAAUAAACCUUACAACUGGAUAUUUAUUCCCAAAAGAAUAUAGCUAUAGUCAAACUUCUUUGACUUUUAGUGUCAUAGAGUGUUAGAUGCGUCUUCAAAAUGGCCUUAAGUACAAAAAUUACUUAAAACUAUGGAUGGGCUAUUUGCACUAGCAGACAAAUGCAAGUCUUUUUGCACUUUCAGUAUUUGCUUGUUGGCUUUUGCUGUUUAAAGUUGACUUGUGAUGUUAGAGACACAUGUAUUGCACAAUUUACAGGUGCUCUAAGACUUUUGUUUUAUAAUAGGCUACCACACAGAGAAAUCCCCACUACUUAACAGAUACCACUGAAAUACAUUCUGAGAAAUCUCACAUCUCAUGUGACAGCUCUGUAAGCAGUAUUAAAAAAAAAAAAAAACAGUGAGCAUUUUUUCAGAAA